ACAAGUGGGGAAGGGAAAAGUGGGUGGGGGAGUGAUUUUGAAGUAUCGGUGGGGACUAGCGGAACUCGAAAGUCUCCACGAGUCGUGUGACUCGCCUCACUACAGUUUUCGCUAUGGCGUGUAUAGGGUCGAGUAGGCUCUGUGCCCGUGCAGAGAAAUUGUGCCAGUUCGGACAUUUCGCCCAAUUACGAAGGAAAGUUUCAACGACAUGUGUCAAGUCACGACCCAGAAUCGACCAGCAGACCAGUGCUUUGGUUCAACAUUGUCAGAGUAGAACGAGCACGCUGGAUUACAGGACGAAUGUGACGAGGAUGAUGAGUUCUAUGCAAACGCAGUUACCCGGAUCCUUGCACGAUUACCAAGUCGACCCUUAUCGACUCUCAGAGGACGACCUCAAAGGUGUCUACGAGGAAGUGCGAGAGGUACUCAUCAGGAACACCACGCAGAAGGAGCUGCAAACUAUAGCGACGUACUACUUCGACGGCAAGGGAAAGGCAUUGCGGCCGAUGGUAGCAAUUCUCAUGGCACGGGCUAUCAAUUACCACAAGGAAAGAAAUGAUCUCUUGGCAUCGCAGCGACAGGUGGCGAUGAUCGCCGAGAUGAUCCACAGCGCCUCGUUAGUGCACGACGACGUAAUCGACCAGCCCGACUACCGCCGUGGAAAACCCUCGAUCAACGUUGUCUGGAGCCAAAAAAAGGUCACGAUGGCGGGGGAUUAUAUUCUGGCGGUCGCGUCGAUUAUGAUCGCUCAACUUCGAAACGACAACGUCACGCUAUGCCUCAGUCAGGUCGUGACGGACCUGGUGCAGGGUGAGUUUAUGCAGCUCGGCUCCAAGGAGACGGAGAACGAGAGAUUCGCGCACUACCUCACGAAAACGUAUCGCAAGACGGCCAGCUUGAUCGCCAAUGCAUUGAAAUCUGUGGCCAUACUAGGAGGUGCCGAUGAACAGCUUGCGGACGUAGCCUUUCAAUAUGGUAGAAAUGUUGGCUUGGCGUUUCAAUUGGUCGACGACCUUUUGGACUUUGUAUCGUCUUUGGAGGCAAUGGGCAAACCUACUGCAGCCGACCUCAAGCUUGGUCUUGCCACUGCUCCAGUUCUCUUCGCGUGUGAACGGUAUCCAGAAUUAAAUGCGAUGAUCAUGCGCCGGUUUCAAGAGCCGGGGGACGUCGAGAAAGCUUUCGAGCUUGUACACAAAUCUCAAGGUCUCGAUCAGACGAGAUUUCUAGCCAGAAAACAUUGCGUGGAAGCCGCCAAACUUGCAGGAUCCUUAGCCGAAAGCCCGUACCAAAAAGGUCUCCAGGUGGUCUGCGAUUUAGUACUGAAUCGCAUGAAGUAGCGACGUGAGAAUCAACGUCUCCGCGUAUGAAAGAGAAAACGAAUUACGUAGUCGCGAAGAAUUAUUGUUGGCAUUUGUUAUGAUUAGUGCCGAUCGAAAAAUUUCACCGAACGAAAUAUAAUUUACCUCUGCCACGACAGGUUUGCAGACGAGUGGGAAAAAAAAAGAAGUAAAACGAAGGUUAGAGAGGUGAAGGUGUAUUUUUUUAAAGGCAUACAUUUAAUACUCGUGAUGGUACUUGGAAGUUCUGUAUUGACUUGUGUGUUUGAAACAUACAAGUUUCAAAUGUUUAUCGCUAGGGAAUUGUUAGAGAAUGGUUAAAAAUGACGAGGUAACUCGACAAUGCCGAAGGAUCGGUAGAAAAUUAUUUUUAUAAAUGUCGUAUGCGUAUACGCGAAGAGAACAUUGUUUUAUAAUGAUCAUUGUCUCUAUGGUAUUGAAGUGCGAGUGUUGUUGUUAUGAUAUUAUCAAAAAACUUAAUCACUUCUGUUUUUUUUUCUUUUUUUUUUUU